AUGGCAAACCAUGGUCCGAGCUACGGCCUGAGCAGGGAACUCGAGAAAAAGAACCAAGCGCGUUUCAAUCUCGAAGAGGCGAUCGAGGUUUUGUUUUGGAUUGAAGAGGCAACCGGCAUGAAUUUCGAGUCGGAUCCGGCCGAGUUCUCCACCGCACAGCAUAUUUGCGAUGCGCUUAAAGACGGAGUGAUGCUUUGUGUUUUAAUGAAUCGUUUGAACGGUCGUGAUGUGAUCCCGUGCAAUAUGCGACCGAAGAUGCCAUUUCACAAGAUGGAGAACAUCUCCCAUUUCCUCCACGCUGCGAAAAAUUUCGGUGUUGCCGAGAUUUCACUCUUUCAAACCGUGGAUCUCUAUGAGAAUAAACAAAUGUAUAAGGUGAUCGAGUGUCUGCGAUUCUUGACGGCUGUGGCUCAAGCCAAGGGUGCCCCAGUUCCGUUCCCGCAAUGGGUCGUCAAAAUCGCGCAGGCAAAUCCGAGACGUUUCGAUGAUUGCACGAUGAGGAGUGGUGACACAGUGAUCCCACUUCAAUAUGGAACGAAUAAAUGUGCCUCACAAAAAGGGAUGACCCCGUAUGGAUUGACGAGACAGAUUAAACCCGAUGGACAAGGACAU